AUGGCAAAUAAAAUGAAAGAGCUAGGAAAGAGACUUGAUGGGAUCAAUGAAGAGAAAACUAAGUUCAACUUGUCGAGUAAUGUUCAAGAAAAGACAAUAGUUCCGCGGAGGGAAACUCAUUCUUUUGUACCCGCUUUGAAUGUGAUUGGAAGAAACAAAGAAAAGGACCGGAUUAUAGAGCUGUUGAUAAGACCAAAUGAUGAUGGAGCCGGAAAGAUAGCAGUCAUUCCGAUUAUUGGAACGGGGGGCGUCGGAAGGACGGCUCUCACUAAAUUGGUGUACCUUGAUGACAGGGUGAACAAACAUUUUGAUCACAAAGUUUGGUUAUCCAUGCCUGUAGAAUUCGAAGUUAAGAAGAUAACAAGAGACAUCCUCGAGUCUCUUGGUCAAAAAGGAAAUAAUGAUGGAUUUGAAAUGCUGCAAGAACGCCUGAGGAACGUCCUGAAGAACAAAAGGUGUUUGUUCGUAAUGGACGAUGUGUAG